UCCGGCGGCAAUACGAGCAAAAGGACAUUUGCGUGCGCUUCUUUGGCACGCACGAUUUUGGAUGGAUCAACCGGAGGCGAAUCUACCUCUAUCACGAAGGCGACUCGGACAUCGUGGCGGCCGGAAGCAGUCGGACAUGAUGGAGCGGUACAAUGAAGAAUCGACCCAGGACGAUUUGAGCCAACAAGGUCCAUCGUUGCUCCGCUGAGAGGGCGCAACGCGGGGUGAGUUUGUCGAGGGGAUGGUUUUCCGUAUCAAUUGUUAAAUCUAUUUUAUUUCGACAGGAGGACUAGAUCGGUGAGUACAAAUCGUCGGACAAGGACCCAUGCGGGCUAAACUCGAACUGCAUCAACCGGGCGCUGCUCGUGGAGUGCAAUCCGAAGACUUUCCAGCUAGCAAAAGUUGCCAGAACCCAGUGCUUCAAACGGAAGCAGUACUAGGUACUGGAGGCCAAACGAAUUCCCAUCAAGGGCUGGGGUCUGGUCGCGCGUCGCGUGAUCGAGUACGAGAAGUGAUUAUCAACGAGGAGUUGCCGCGGCGGAUAAAGCAAAAGAACGAAAAUUACUACUUCCUGACGGUGGACUCGGAGCUGACGAUCGACGCGGGGCCCAAGGGCAACUUGGCCCGGUUCAUCAACUACUCGUGCGAGUCCAACUGCGAGACGCUGCUGUGGAAGGUCGGCGGAAGCCAAUCCGUGGGGCUGUUUGCCCUCAAGGACCUCAAGGCAGUAAGUUUUUCGAAAUACCGGUAAAAACACUUACUACAACUAACUCUUCUUACUCUUUUCUCCACCAGGUCUAAGAGCUCCCCUUCAACUACAACUUUGAGACGAUCGGCCAGAAGAAGAUUUGCCACUGUGGUGCGAGCAAGUGUUGCGGGCUGAUCGUCAACCAAGGAACGGAGAAUUGAAGUGGGAUAAUCACAACGGUCUUGCGCGACUUCCAGGUGCAGAUUGUAACGUGGGUUACCUGCUCGAGUGCUCAAAUGCCAACAGUGACGACGGCGGCAAUUACAGCUCUUCCGCCACACGCCUGCGGCAAAGUACCUUACGGAUCCAUCGCGACAAGUGUUCUACCUUGCCGAGAGUGACCUCGAGUUUGAUCAGUAAACGUUCACGAGGA